GGGACCCCUCCGGUAUGCGCUCCUUUUUCUCCUUAGUUACCCCCCUCCUAAUACUUCCCCCACCCCUCCCUGCUCACUUCUACUGCACAGAGUCAACCCAGAGCCUGCAGUGGCUGACCGCGCUAACUCCCAGAUCCAUACAGGCAAUAUCAAAGCUCUUCGGAGAGGACAAGAGGACCGGCAGUGAGGGCAAAAACCUGCACCGGACAAGUGAGCAAGGGUCAAGUUCUAUGAGGGGAAUUCAGGCAUAGAGGGAAAAAAAAAAUCACCUUCAGCAGAGUAGCAGCUGGUCCCGAGCUUGAGGACGGCACAAAAAGGAGCAGAGAAAAGUGACUGGAAUGAUAAGAUGAGAAGCAGGCAUGCGCUGCUGAAGCUCCCCCCUAAUGAGGCCCUCCUGGAACUCCUCCUCGUGUUGUUGCUGGGGUCGCACGUCCUCGCCGUGUGCCCCUCCAUGUGCUCAUGCGGCCGCAGUCACAGGGAGGUGGACUGCUCCUGGAGGGGUCUGAGGCAGCUGCCUGAAGGCCUGCAGCACAACAUGCGCUCCCUCAACUUGUCCCACAACCGACUGCACGACCUGGAAGGCCGGCUCACCGCGUACACCCACCUCCGAGUCCUCGAUUUGUCUCACAACCGGCUGAGCUGCCUGCCCGCCGGCUUGCCCCGGUCCCUCUGGCAGCUCUACGCCGCCUCCAACCGCAUCCGGCUGCUGGACAAGAACGACACGGUCCACCAGUGGAAUCUGCGGCUGCUCGACCUCUCCGACAACAAGCUGGAGCGAGCCAUCUUCAUCAACAACACGCUGAUCAAUCUAUCCACGCUCAACCUGAGCCACAAUCACUUCUGGACCUUGCCCACCAAUAUGCCCACGCACCUGGAGAACAUCGACAUGUCCCACAACUUGCUUGUGAAGGUGGUGCCGGGCUCCCUGGACCGGCUCCUCAGGCUGACUAUCUUCUAUCUGCAUGCUAACCGUUUUUCCACUCUGCCAGUUGGAGUUUUCGACAAGAUGACAUCUAUUAGAGUCAUCACUCUGGGCGACAACCCUUGGGCCUGUCACCUUUACGCCGAAAUCUCCUAUUUAGUUUCUUGGACUCAGCAUACCCCCGCUCGUGUCCUGGGAUGCCCCUGCCACACCCAGCCCGUCUGUGGAGGGGUGCGCCCUGGCAGGAAUGGAGGGUGGCACUUUGCCUCCUACAACCUGCCCCCCCUGGCAGCAAGCGCCCAGGACCUGAGCUCCACGCCCCCUGAGGCCGGCGUCACCGGGUGGUGGUACUUGUCUGUUUCUGCUCCACAAAGCACCCUUGAAGAGACCUCAAACACACAGCACCACCUCUUCACAGCCACGCCCGUCGGCAUCUCCACCCUGCGACCCAGAAGCACACACCUAACUAUUAAUCAACUCUCUGCAUCUGCUAGUCCAGCUGCCGCAGAGCACAUGCUCCACACUGACUCCAAUCUCAUCUCUGACUCACUCCACACCAUCAGCGACACGUCCUCUGUUUCUGACACAAACUUCAUUACUGAAAUGACACUGGCCACGGACCGAUUCUUUACAACAGAGAGCCCCUCCGUCCAAACAAAGAAGACAACCACUCUUCGCACCAGGAGUGUGAGGAGGAAGAAUCAAUCCCUUCCUAACGGCAUCAGCAACAGUGGCCCGACUCCUGCAACCUGCUCCUCGCUCCCGUUCCUGCAGAACCUGGGGCUCCUGUCUCUCAUUCUGCAACAAGUUCUGUGAAAGACAAAAAAAACAUGGACAUCUAUGAAUUUACAGCACAAACAAAUAUAGCACACACAAGACUGUCGACUGUUGUAGUACUGUCAUGUUACCAGCUUUCCCAGCAAAAGGCCAUUUUACAAAACAAAGUUUAAAGGUGCAGUGUGUAGGAUUUAGUGGCAUCUAGUGGUGCGGUUGCAGAUUGCAACCAACUGAGUACCCCUCCGCUCAGUCUUU